CUCUUCUUUCUUCCUUAUGCUCUCACACCCCCACCACCCCAAUUUCUGAUCACUGAUUGAUUCUUAAACCACAAAAAUAAAACACAGUCGCGGCGGCUUUUCUCUAAAAAGUGUACAAUGGAAGACAAACCCACCAGUUCACCAACAAGUUUUGUCGACCAGUCAGUCGUACCAGGCGAUGUCGUUCUCGAUCUCUCAAACAUGACUAACCAAACCUUAAAACUCGGUGGUGGUCUCCGACAGGAUUGUGAUGCUAUUUCUGUCAUGAAGGCUGGGAAGCUCAGGUUCUCAAAGCCAAACAAAUAUUGGGUUGAAAGCCCCCAGAAAAGGUAUGUGCCUCAUGCAGGAGAUUCUGUUCUUGGAACUGUGGUGGACUCUAAAGCGGAUAACUUUCUUGUGGACAUAAAAGGACCUGGAUUGGCAUUUUUGCCUGUGCUUGCAUUUAAAGGAGGAACUAGAAGAAACAUACCAAAGUUUGAGAUAGGUACUUUGCUCUAUGUUCGGGUCGUGAAGGCAAACCCUGGCAUGAAUCCUGAGUUGUCAUGCACUGAGGCCAGUGGGAAAGCGGCAGAAUUUGGCCAACUUAAAGAUGGCUACAUGUUUGAAUCUUCAACUGGUCUGUCAAGAAUGCUCCUGAGCUCACCAUGUCCAGUUCUCGAUGCUUUGGGGAAGAAGCUUUCCUUUGAGACAGCAGUUGGCUUAAAUGGCCGUUUUUGGGUCAAUGCCUCCUCUCCAUCUACCGUCAUAGUUGUUGCUAAUGCAAUUAUGAACUCGGAAUCUUUGAGUGGGGUGCAGCAGAGAAUUAUGGUGGAGAAACUGAUUCAGAAUUUAAAGCUAUCAAGUCAGUACUCCUGUACAUUUAUGAUUUCUUAACCAAUAUAUUUAUUUGCUUCUGGUUCUGGAGUAAUUUUCUCUUAUGAAUAUGAAACAAACUAAUUUACUGUUUCUUUGCUGCGUGAUACUGAAAGAAGUGAAUGCUAUAAACAUUAUAGCUGUCACAUUUACCCAUUGUGUUUUACAUGGGAGGAGCAUGGUCACGCGGUGUUACAAAGGCAACAAAAUGAACAAAUUCUUCUAUCAAGCAUCAAAGACGACAAAGUUUCUGCACAAGAUGAUCCUCAAAUAAUCAAUCAUAUGUGCAGGCCUUCCUGCCCAUUCUGCAUUGUCACAGAUUCCCAUCAUGAAAUGAGUCUGCCAAUAACAUUGUAGUUUUUAUUUUUUGUUUCUCUUUAGAACUUGGAAGCUGUAUUAAAAUUUUCUGUUUUAUGUUUUAUCUGUAGAAUAGGGGAAGGGAGUUAACAUUGUAAUUUUCAACUUA